AUGUCGCCCUUGUUGAAGGAGGACAAUCUCGAUGCUAACUCGCACGUGGACUUGAUUGAAUCAACGUUGAGCUUCUACGGCAAAGCAGCGUCAGACAUCACGUUCAUCACAGCAGACAACUGUCCCACCAACGCAUCCAUCGCGAUUAAGCUUGGGGUACCUCUUGUGGGGUGCUACUCGCACAAGUUCAAUCUGGCCAUGCAGUCGUACCUCGCUGACUACGAGGACGCCCUCAAAGCGAUUCAUAUCCUCAUGCUCCGUCUCGGACGUCAACGUCCCCUUGGUGAGUUAAAACACUUCACCAACUUGCAACCUGUUAUCCGAAACGUCACGCGAUGGUCAUCAACGUUCAAGAUGGUCAGCCGGUAG